UCCAAGAUGGCCAGCAAGUAUUUCUCCAGCACUGAAACUACAAAUUUCGCAAGACUGUCUCGACUAGUUGUUGAUGUCUGCAGUGAUGUCCUCAGAGCUGUGCUGAGGGCUAACAUUCCACCACCUGGACUAAACGCCAUUCUUCAAAGUCAAAGGGUUCACCUUUGCAGAUAUUUGGAGCACAGACAACAACAGUCUCUGUACCCACCAGGUGGAGUAUAUACUGGUACCCUGGAGGAUUUGGACUUGACCCUUCUGUACAAACUGAUUCGUAACCUCCAGGGUAUCAACAUUGUGCCUCAUGUAAAGGGUUGGGGCAGGAGACCAGACAAUAUAGACCGGUCACUGGCAGCGAAUAUUGACCGGUUGAGGAUUCAGCGGAAUGAGGCCUAUGGACACCUUAGGAGAGCAUCACUGUCUGAUACAGACUUCCAUCGUAUAUGGGGCAUCAUCCGUCAGUGUAUCUCCGAGAUAGAACAAGGCUCUCUGACAGGAGACACCUACGUGACGGCAGUUGACAAUCUGCUGACUGUGACCAUGGACCCUGAUACAGAGAAUGAGUACAUAGGGAAACUGAGGAAACAACAAGACAAGUUUGAGGCCAUUGUUGAGGAUGUGAAAAGAGCUGUUGUCAAUGUUGAAUCACAUCAGAAAUCGAUGGCGUUUGACAUUGGCUUGCUAAAAGCCGGACAAGAAACCAUGGAAACCGAUAUCAGUGAUGUCACUGCUACACAGGAAACCAUAACUACAAGCAUCACUGAGGUCAUUACCAGACAGGAAACCAUGGCAACGGUCAUCAAUGAUGUCUCUGUCAAACAGGAGGAAAAUGCAAGGGACUUGCUUUCCAUCAAAGGUGAAGUCACUAACGUUAGAGAUGCAUUGAAUACCACGACAGCAAGCACAAAAGAUAUCCAUCCUGAUCUAGUACCGAUGAUAGAAAGGGCUAAAUGCAGAAUAAAACAAGAAAAAGCGGAGAAAAAAUUCUUCGAAACCCAAGCUUUUCGUGAUGCUCAAGGCAAGCUUCAAAAGAACAGAGUUUUAGUAAUCAAGGGGAACACGGGAGACGGCAAAACUUCUACCGCCAUUCAACUCCUUCACUGGCUGAUAGAGGAGCAGCCAUGCAGACAACCCCUUCAGCUUCAUAAUAUCAAGAAAUUAGAUUUAUUGGCUCCAAACUCUCAUCUGAUUACUUUCAUUGAUGAUAUUUUUGGUGAAAAAGAUGUAGGUAGAAAUGAUGUACAAGCGUGGAACAAAAGAAUCGCAGACGUAAAAACACUUUUUGUUGAUGAACAUAUCCACCCCAAUUUUCUCCUCAUUACAAUUCGCAAUGAAAUAUAUAAUGCUUUAGAGAAGUGUUCGUUCGGAGACGUUUUCUGCAAAGACAACAUCAUUGAUCUGAGCUCAGACGAGUACAAUAUUGGAAAAGAAAAACGUGAACUUUUAGAGAUGUAUAAGCCAGAAUAUAGCUCUUUUUCAUGGACAGAGGAAGAAAAGGACACAAUUGUAACUUGUGCACCAAAUAUUGGAUUCCCACAAUGUUGUCAGCUUUUCUAUAAUUCUGUUGAAUUGCAAAAAAGACGAGUUGAUUUUUUUGAGAAACCGUUUCAGUUUUUGAUUGAGACAUUGUCAAAACUACCCGAAUGUUCUGCCAUUUUGUUUCUCUUUCUCAAUAAUGGGAUGAUAAUGGCAAAAGACCUAGACCCAAAUGGUGAUAAAGUGAACAAAACACUGUUAGAGCAGGCAUUUAAAAUUGAUUCAAUUGGUGGUAAACAAAGAACAACAAUUGAUUAUGAGGAAAAAGUAGAAUUUGUAAAAGAAAGUUUAAACAAAUUAUCAGGAUUUUUGGUAAGGAAAGGGAAAGACUGGUUUGGAGAUGAAGUAUACAAAUUUGAUCACGAUUCUAUAUCUGUCACGGUAGCUCUGUUAUAUGGAGGCAAAACACCAAUUGGCUACAUAGAGAAUUGUCCCAGAAAAUUUCUUAGUUAUUUAACAACCUCCAAAACAUCAUCAAACAUGGUUGUCCUAUCAUCUGAUAACUAUACAUUUUUGUGUGAACGUCUACUUCGAGAAAUCGAGAGUGUGGAAUGGAAUUAUGAUACUGGUAUUGCUAAUCUGGAUGUAUGGAAAGAUAGUGCAUUUGUCGAAGAAUUUGACAGAUUAAUGACUAAAAGAGAAGUCAACAAACUUGUUGUUUUAAAUAGGGCAUGUUUCAUUGGUGCUAAAGAAUGUGUUUUAUAUCUUCUGGGUGAAGGAGUCGAACCUGACGAGAAUACGCCAUGGUGGUCAUUGAUAGGAGGUGAGGAAGAUGGUAGAGAAGAUGUGGAUGCACUAAAGAAAGUUAUUAGAUAUUUGAAUGAUGAUAUAAAACUUGACCUAUUGAACGAAGCUUGUGAUUCUGGUUCAGUAGAAUGUGCUUUAUGUCUUCUGGACGAGGGAGUCAAACCAGACAAGGGAACAAAUUGCUGGUCAUUGAUUACAAGAGGAGAUGAGUAUAGUCAGGUAGAUGCCGAUAGUACGGAUGAUUGGGAUGUAUUUAAAAACGUUGUUGAAUACUUGAAUGACGAGAGAAAACUUUACUUGUUAGAUAAAGCAUGUUGUUCUGGUUCGGUAGAACAUGCUUUGUACCUUUUAUGUGAGGGAGCCAAACCUGAGAAGGACACAGCAUGGUGGUCACUGAUUACAAGAGGAACUGCAGUUAGUAAAGGUGACACUGAAGUACUUAGGGAAGUUUUUAUUUAUUUAGAUGAUGCAAUGAAACUUGAUUUGUUUACUGCUGCAUGUUGCACUGGUUCAGUAGAAUGUGCUUUAUAUCUUCUGUGUGAGGGAGUCAAACCUGUAAACAACACAUUAUGGUGGUCAUUGAUUGCAAGAGGUUUCCAGCGCGGUACGGGUGAUGUGACUAUACUUCAGAAAGUUGUUACUCACUUGAACGAUGAGAUAAAACUUUACUUGUUUCAUGAAGCAUGUUAUACUGGUUCACGAAAAUGUGCUUUAUAUCUUCUGAGUGCGGGAGUCAGACCUGACAAGGACGCAUUGUGGUCGUUGCUAAAAGAAUGUAAAUUCCGUGGUGAGAGAGAUGUAGAUGUACUUCAGAAAGUUUUUAUAUACCUGCAUGUAGAGAUAAAACGUGACUUGUUAAAUGAAGCAUGUCGUUCUGGUUUAGUAGAAUGUGCAUUAUAUCUCCUGUGUGAGGGAGUUAAACUUGAGAUGGGUACAACGUCGUGGUCAUUGAUCACAAUAGGGAAUAAACAUAAAAAGGGGAAUGUGGAUGUACUAAGGAAAGUUGUUAAAUACUUGAAUGAUGAGAUGAAACUUGAUUUGUUUACUGCUGCAUGUCGUUCUGGUUCAGUAGAAUGUGCGAUAUACCUUCUGUGUGAAGGAGUCAAACCUGUGAACUACACACUGUGGUGGUCAUUGAUUACAAGUGGUAAAUGGCGUAGUAAGGGAGAUGUGAGUAUACUAAAGGAAGUUAUUAUACACAUGAACGAUGAGAUCAAACUUGACUUGUUUCAUAAAACAUGCUAUAGUGGUUCAGAAGAAUGUUCUUUAUAUCUUCUCAGUGCAGGAGUCAAACCUGACAAGUGCGCAUUGUGGUCUUUGCUAACAAGAUGUAAAUGGCGAGGCAAGAGAGAUGUUGAUGUACUACAGAAUGUUUUUAUGUACUUGAAUGAUGAGAUAAAACGUAGCUUUUUGAAUAAAGCUUGUGAAUCUGGUUCAGAAGAAUGUGCUUUAUAUCUUCUAUGUGAGGGAGUUAAACCUGACAAGGACACACCAUGGUGGUCAUUGAUAACCAAAGGUGUUGAGGAUGGUGAGGCAGAUUUGGAUGUACUUCAGAAAGUGGUUGUAUAUUUGAAUGAUGAGAUAAAACUUGAUCUAUUUAAUGUUGCAUGUUGUGCUGGUUCAGUAGAAUGCGCUUUAUUCCUGCUGGUUAAGGGAGUCAAACCUGACAAGGACACAGAUUGGUGGUCAUUGGUUACAAGAUUUGAAUGGCGGUGUAAGGGAGAUGUGGAUGUUCUUAAGAAAGUUGUUAUAUACUUGAAUGGUGAGAUAAAACUUAAUUUGUUUAAUAGUGCAUGUCGUACUGGUUCAGAAGAAUGUGCUUUGUAUCUUCUGUAUGAGGGAGUCAAACCUGACAAGGACACACAGUGGUGGUCAUUGAUUACAAGUGGUGAACGGAGUAGUAAAGGAGAUGUGAGUAUACUUAAGAAAGUGAUUACACACUUGAAUGAUGAGAUGAAAAUCGACUUGGUAAAUAUUGCAUGUCGUUCUGGUUCAGAAGAAUGUGCUUUAUAUCUUAUGUGUGAUGGAUUCAAACCUGACAUGGACACAUUGUGGUCGUUGAUUACAGCAAGUAGAUGUCGUGGAAGAAAAGAAGUUGAUGUACUUAAAACAGUUAUUACACACUUGAAUGAUGCUAUGAAACGCAACUUGUUGAAUAAAGCAUGUGAUUCUGGUUCAGAAGAAUGUGCUUUAUAUCUUCUAUGUGAAGGUGUCAAGCCUACCAUGGACACGCAAUUAUGGUGCUUGUUUGCAAAAUGGCGUGGUAAGGGGGAUGUGAGGAUACUUCAGAAACUCGUUAGAUACAUGAAUGAUGAGAUAAAACUUGACUUAUUAGAUAAUGCAUGUGAGUCUGGAUCUGAAGACUGUGCUUUGUACCUUUUGUUUGAGGGAGUCAAUCCUGAUAUGUACACACCUUUGUGGUCACUGAUUACAGACGGUGAUGUGAAUAGUAUAGGAAAUGUCGAUAUCCUGAAGAAAGUUGUUGUAUACUUAAAUGAUGAGAUGAAACUUCUGUUGUACAAUAAAGCAUGUCGUUCUGGUUCAGUAGAAUGUGCUUUAUAUCUUCUGCGUGAGGGAGUCACACCUGACGAGAACACAGAUUGGUGGUCAUUGAUAACAAAAGGCGAAAGGAGUGGUAAAGGACAUGUAGACGUACUAAAGAAAGUUGUGAUACACUUGAGCGAUGAUAUCAAACUUGAUUUGAUUAAUAAGGCUUGUCAUUCUGGUGCAGUAAACUGUGCUUUAUAUCUUCUGUGUCUGGUAGUCAAACCUGACCAAAACACAGAUUGGUGGUCAUUGAUUACACGAGGUGUAAGUUGUGAUAAGGGUGAUGUAGAUGUGCUCAAAGAGAUUCAUGUAUACCUCAAUGGUGAGAUGGAACUUGACUUGUUAAAUCAAGCAUGUCGCUUGGGUUCAGAAGAUUGUGCUUUAUAUCUUCUGUAUAAGGGAGUCAAACCUGACCAAAACACAGAUUGGUGGUCAUUGAUUACACGAGGUGUAAGUUGUGAUCAGGGAGAUGUAGAUGUGCUCAAGGAGAUACAUGUAUACCUCAAUGGUGAGAUGGAACUUGACUUGUUAAAUCAAGCAUGUCGAUUUGGUUUAGAAGAGUGUGCUUUAUAUCUUCUGUGUAAGGGAGUCAAACCUGACAAGAAUACUCCUUUGUGGUCAUUGAUAACAAAAGGUGAUGAGAAUGGUGAGGGAGAUGUGGAUGUACUUAAGGAUAUCAUUAUAUACCUGAAAAAUGAGAUGAAAAAUGACUUGUUUAAUCAAGCAUGUCGUUCUGGGUCAGAAGAAUGUGCUUUAUAUCUUCUGAGUGAGGGAGUCAAACCUGACAAUCAUACACCAUGGUGGUCAUUGAUUACAAGAGGUGAAAGGUAUAGUAGAGGUGAUGUGGAUUUACUGAAGGAAAUCAAUUCAUACCUUGACGAGGUGAUGAAACGUAAUUUGUUUAAUGAUGCAUGUCGUUCCAUUUCAACAGAUUGCGCUUUAUAUCUUCUGAAUGGGGGAGUCAAACCUGACAAGGACACACCAUGGUGGUCAUUGAUUACAAGGGGUGAUGAGGAUGACGGUGUAGAUGUUGGUGUACUUGAGAAAGUUGUUAUAUAUCUAAGUGAUGAGAUCAAACUUGACUUGCUUCAUAAAGCAUGUUGGCACGGUUCAGAUGAAUGCGUUUUUUAUCUACUUUGUGUAGGAGUUCAGCCUGAUAAGUACACACCGUGGUGGUCAUUGAUUACAGGAGGUGGUAUAUAUAGUGAAGGAGAUGUGGAUGUACUGAAGGAAAUUAUAUUAUACUUGGAUGAUGAUAUCAAACUUUACUUAUUAGAUAAAGCAUGUCGUUCUGGUUCUGAAGAAUGUGUAUUAUAUCUCCUUUGUAAAGGAGUCCAACCCGACAAGGACACCCCAUUGUGGUCAUUGAUUAUAAGGGGUGAUGAGGAUUAUGAGGGAGAUGUUGGUGUACUUGAGGAAGUUGUCAAAUAUCUAAGUGAUGAGAUUAAACUUGAGUUGUUUAAUAAAGCAUGUUGGCAUGGCUCUAAAGAAUGUAGUUUGUAUCUGCUUUCUGCUGGAGUUCAGCCUGAUAAGUACACAUCAUGGUGGUCAUUGAUUACAGGAGGUGUAAGAGAAAGUGAGGGAGAUGUGAAUGUUCUUAAGGAAAUUAUCAUAUACCUCAAGGAUAAGACAAAACUUUACUUAUUAAAUAAAGCAUGUCGUUCGGGUUCAGUAGAAUGUGCUUUAUUUCUACUGCAUGAAGGAGUUAAUCCCGAUAAGAACACCCCUUUGUGGCCAUUUAUUACAGGCGGUGAAGAGGAUGGUGUGGCAGACAUCGAUGUACUUCAAGAAAUUGUUACAUACUUGAAUGAUGAGAUGAAAUUAGACUUGUUAAAUGAAGCAUGUUGGCAUGGAUCAAAAGAAUGUGUUUUUUAUCUUCUCGGUGUUGGAGUCCAACCUGAUAAGUGUACACCAUGGUGGUCAUUGAUGUCAGGAGAUGUAAGCGAUGGCGAGGGAGACGUCAAUGUACUUAAGGAAAUUAUUUUAUAUCUGGAUGAUCAGAUGAAACAUGACUUGUUAAAUGAAGCAUGUGAUUCUGGUUCAGAGGAAUGUGCAUUAUAUCUUUUGACUGAGGGAGUCAAACCUGACAAAUACACAUCAUGGUGGUCGUUGGUUACAAGAGGUGAAUGGAGUGGCAAGGGGGAUGUUAAUGUACUUAAGAAGGUUAUUAUAUACCUAAAUGAUGGGAUGAAACUUAUCUUGUUGAAUAAAUCGUGUAACUCUGGUUCAGUUACAUGUUCUUUAUUUCUCCUGUUUGAGGGAGUCAAACCUGACAAGGACACUCCAUGGUGGUCACUAAUUACAAGAGGUAAUGAGUUACGUGGUAAGGGAGAUGUGGAUGUACUAAAGGAAGUCAUUAUCUACUUGAAUGACAAGGUAAAACGUCGCUUGUUGAAUAAAGCAUGCCACUCUGGUUCAGAAGAAUGUGCUUUAUAUCUUCUGUGUGAGGCAGUCGAACCUGAAAAGGACACACCAUGGUGGUCUUUGAUUACAAGAGGUAAUGCAAUAUGUGGUAAGGGGGAUGUUGAUGUACUUAAUAAAGUUGUUAUAUACAUGAAUGAUGAGAUAAAACGUAGAUUGUUAAACCAAGCAUGUGCUUCUGGUUCAGAAAAUUGUGCCUUAUAUCUUCUGUAUGAGGGAGUCGAACCUGACGCGCAUACAUACUUUCAUGCGGUAAGGAGAGGGAGCGUGAAUGUGCUACGAAAACUUAUACAGUGGGGCAUCCCUCCUACAGCGAGAUAUGAGGACAAUAACAAUGCCUUACAUGAGGCAUGUGGGUGGAGGAGUGAGGAAAUGGUGACUUUAUUGUGUGACAACUAUCCCAACUUGGUAAAAGAUACCAAUGACUUGGGACAAACCCCGCUUCAUUUCGUGGCAGAGAUAGGAAGUUUGUCUAUGUUCCAGGUUGUAGAAAGAACCAUACUUAAAUCCUUGUGCAGAGUUGAGGACGAACAACAUAAGUGUGAGACAGAAGAUGGUCGUGUGGUACAUAGGAGUUGUGUGUGCAGUCAGUACAUGUCUCAGUUAGUGGAUGUGAACGAGCAUACAGUAUUACAUUGGAGUUUAAGAUUAGGAAACAGGGAUACUUUUAUGUAUGUAUGUGAGUCCUACCCAGCACUAGCAACGGCUGUAGAUAAGGAUCAAGUAGACUGUGCUACAUACGCGAUGUAUGAAAGAACACAUGGAUACAGUUUUUAAUUGUAUGAUAUUUUACCAGCUGUAGAUGUGGACGGUAGCUAGGUAUACAUCAUAAUGUAGACACUGAGUGUGGAAACCAUGUGAAACAACACAGGGAAUCAUUAUAACUUAGGUAUGACAUCACACCAACACGAGACAGGGAUGGGGAUCUUUUUAAGACUUGGUAAGGAAAAGACAGCGGAAGAGACAAAGUGGCCCGUGUGGCUAAAUGAGAAUUUUAGCAACCCUACCAUUUGUCGUAGUAAACAUUCACAAAUAAUCAAUAAAAAUAAUCUUAAACAAUCAUGUAAAAUUCCAGGUGAUCAUAAAUUGUUUUAUUGAGGAAAACCCUAUCAAUGCUGUGAGUUUACUUAACCGAUCUACUUCUAGCUUCGCGCCGACGGAUGGCCUCUAGGAUGUGAUCGGAAUAUAUGUGAUCGGUUUCUAUAUCACUGACAAAAUAUGGUUAGGACUUGAAAAGAAAUGUAGGGCCAGGUUUUAAACAAAGAAAUAUUUAGGUGAUAUUUAUUGUUUAUAAACUGUUUGGAAAUAUUCCAAACCAUGUGGUUUAUUGAAUAACAUUUUUAGGACAUUUUUUGGUACAUAAUUACACCUUCUGCACCAGACUCAAACUAAACAUAUUGUUGUAAUGUACAGUGAUUUAUUGUACAGUAAAUUCCACAUCAAUCAAAAUUGUUGAAUUUUCUAGAAGCCACUUGUACCAAGAUGUACCAAGUCAUUCUUACCCGAGAAUUAAAUUACAAUACUAUAUAUUAGUGUCUGUUCCAACAGAUUUUUUUUUUAUUUCGCAAUGAAUCCUGUUGCAAUCUUUUGACAAACAAUGUCUUAAGAUUUAAUUCCAUGAGAGGAUGUCAAACGAACACGUUGAUAUUUCUAUAUUUCGGAAAUGAUCAAGUGCUUUGCUUCAUAAAGGUAAUGCCUGUAAAUGAUUUAUACAUUGGUCUACAUUGUAUUUUUGAACAUGUCUCAAGGUCUAGGUCUUUUAAAUACCGAGGAUUUAAUUUGCUCUUAUAUAUAUCUCAUAUUCUUUUGAUAUGGAACUGACAAUGAUAUGACAUAUGAGAUGUUUUGAUCCUAUGUAUAUGUCUAUAUAUUACACUGGAACUAGGUCCAUUAGAUGUUGGAGAUUUGUUGAUUCUAUGACCUAUAUAUUACACUGGAACUAGGUCCAUUAGAUGUUGGAGAUUUGUUGAUUCUAUGACCUAUAUAUUACACUGUGACUAGGUCCAUUAGAUGUUGGAGAGUUGUUGCUCCUAUGUAUAUGUCUAUAUAUUACACUGGACUAGGUCCAUUAGAUGUUGGAGAUUUGUUGAUUCUAUGACCUAUAUAUUACACUGGGACUUGGUCCAUUAGAUGUUGGAUAUUUGUUGAUUCUAAGACCUAUAUAUUACACUGUGACUAGGUCCAUUAGAUGUUGGAGAUUUGUUGAUCCUAUGACCUAUAUAUUACACUGUGACUAGGUCCAUUAGAUGUUGGAGAUUUGUUGAUCCUAUGUAUAUGACUAUAUAUUACACUGUGACUAUGUCCAUUAGAUGUUGGAUAUUUGUUGAUUCUAUGACCUAUAUAUUACACUGUGACUAGGUCCAUUAGAUGUUUGAGAUUUGUUGAUCCUAUGACCUAUAUAUUACACUGUGACUAGGUCCAUUAGAUGUUGGAGAUUUGUUGAUCCUAUGUAUAUGACCUAUAUAUUACACUGUGACUUGGCCCAUUAGAUAUUGGAUAUUUGUUGAUCCUAUGACCUAUAUAUUACACUGGGAAUAGGCCCAUUAGAUAUUGGAGAUUUGUUGACCCUAUGUAUAUGACCUAUAUAUUACACUGUGACUAUGUCCAUUAGAUAUUGGAGAUUUGUUGACCCUAUGUAUAUGACCUAUAUAUUACACUGUCACUAGGUCCAUUAGAUGUUGGAGAUUUGUUGAUCCUAUGUAUAUGUCUAUAUAUUACACUUUGACUAGGUCCAUUAGAUGCUGGAGAUUUGAUGAUCCUUGUAUAUGUCUAUAUAUUACACUGGGACUAAGAUCUGAUAUGAGUGGCUAUGUCAUAUGAGAUUUUUUAUACGAGUUUGAUUAUUUUAGGCGAGUGGCAUAUCAAAAUAUUGAACGAAUUUGAUAAAUUUCAUAAGCCAUUGUCACGAGUGUAAGAUUCUUUCAAUUUUCGUAUAUUUAUCAUGACGUCAUAUAUUUAUUUUGAUGUACCAUGACGUCACAAUAGUAUAGUUAAACAUGCGUCGAUAUUUAUGACAAGGUCGUAUGACAUGGUAAAACAGGCAAGUCAUGUGAUAUUUGUUGUUUAAAUAUACAUGUUGUUAAAAGAACAUUACUUAUGGACUUGUAGGUAAUUCAGUCUGAAGACACCUUAGCAUAUAGGCAAUUGUUAUUUAUAUUUCCUAACAACAUCAUGAUAAAAAUUAGAAAAUUCUUCUGCACUUUUGAUGGUUAAACACCAUAACUGACGUCCCAAUUUUAAAGUAAAUUUACCAAACAUUAUAUAAUUGACUGAUGAAGAAACACGUAAAAUGAUUGAUAAAUUAGUUAGUGAAUCAGGUUAAGGCCUGUUUGAUCAGGAAAGAUUAUGUUACAAUUUUUACAAAUUAUCCAAGUUUUUUGUAUGUUUUCCAAAAGUACACAGCGUUCUAUAACAAAUGAGGCUAUUAAAGUUAAAAAAAAAAUGAAGAUUAUUUUGAUUUUAGUUAUACCAUUUAACCUUCCUUCUAGAUCGGUUACUAUUGUAAGUGAUAAUAAUAGGUUAGAGGAGCGGCUUUGUGAUUUAGCUGUGUUUAAAAAAACAGCAUUAUCCUACUGAGCCAGGGAAAAGGGACUUUUAACAUUCCAUGUCGCAGGCCAAAGGAAAACAGAAAAUUUUAACCUUUGUUUUUACAUACAAUCCAAACAAUUUUAAUAUUUUUCCAGUCAUUAAAAGUUGCAAGGAUUCUGAUUUGAUUCUGAACAGCAAAUUCCAUUUAUCUAAAUGCAGUAAACCUAGAUGUGGUACAUGUAAAAGUAUUGUAGAAUGUUCAAUUUGUUUAAUCUUUUAAAAGGAUUUAAAUUUCAAAUAAAAGUGCAUAUGAAUUGUACAUCUGGAAAUGUUAUCUAUGCUGUGAUAUAUGAUUUUAUGGUUUGUGUAUAACGAUUCACUGUAACUGACUUGUCUUAUUAUGUGAAAACGAGACAUGUGUAUCAUUAUAGAAUGAGACAUAAUUAACAUGUAAUAAGGAUUGUAUCAGGUGUAGUUAUAAUACACGUGUCGGUGGUAUCCAUUGUUCCAGCUCUCCAGAAUUAUAUAUAAUUAACAUGUAAUAAGGAUUGUAUUAGGUGUAGUUAUAAUACACCUGUAGGUGAUAUCCAUUGUUUCAGCUCUCCGUUGCCUUACAGGAAUGAAGCCCUGACCAGGUUUGUUUCUGCAGUACAUGGGAAAUUCAUAAUAAAUUUGUUGAAAAGGGAAUGAAGUACUGUCUGAGUUCUGUCUGAAUGUGUCUCUCCA